CAAUAUGAGGAACUCAGUCGCUCUGGGCCAGCCUGGGAUUCUACUUCUUCUGGUCACAUGUCCUCUGCUGACUAUCCUGCAGGGUGUCACCUGUAAGGCAGAGAGUGGACACUUAGGGGACAGUGAUCCUGACAGGUGUAUGAGACAUCAUUUUGUUGAGACCAUCACACAUCCUAUCUACAAAUGCAAUUCAAAGAUGGUCCUCUUGGCUCGAUGUGAGGGUCACUGCAGCCACACGUCCCGCUCAGACCCCCUGAUCUCUUUCAGCUCCGUCCUGAAGCAGCCUUUCAAAAGCACGUGUUUCUGCUGUCGUCCACACACCUCCAAACUGAAGGCAGUACGUCUGCGAUGCUCGGGCGGGACACGGAUAACCGCUACUUACCGUUACAUCCUUGCGUGCAGCUGCGAGGAGUGCAGCUGAAUAAAUUUGUCAUGGAGAAAGACCCUCUGGCUGAAACACAUUUAAAAAAAAAUUGAAAGUACACUUUAUUACUGAUGAUUCAGAGCAACCAUUAUACGAUUCAUUAGCACUGCAACAAAUGUUGCCAACAACCCAUCAAGACUUCAAGAAGAAUCACAUCACAUGUAAAGCGGCCCAUACACUCGGAUUUCCAGAUGUUGGCCCGCCCGUUGCACCUGCGCAUGCGCUCAGCCAGUCAAUUUACUUUUAUUGCAUUCCAUUGUUUUGAUCACCGCGUGUGUAAAAUAGCGGAUGCCGACAACAACAUUGUAAAUCUUGAGAGAAAUUUGAUGAAGCUGAGGGGGAGUCACUUUGGCGGACUGUUUUACAAUAUCUGAGAGAUUUGAAACACAGACCAGGACAGAAGACUGGAUGUUUGCAUAGAAAAUGCAAGUGGUGAACUAUAUAAACUUGAUUUAUGUCUAGGAUAGAAUUUAAAUGGAUAGUUCAACCAAAAAAAGAAAAGAAAAAAGAGUCCAAAUGACUUUACUUCUUCUGCAGAACACAAAAGAAUACUGUUUUAACUAUUUUAUUUAACGAAAGUCAGUGGAGUCCAAAACAACAUUGGAGCCCAUUGACUUAGACAUCUUUUGUGUUCCACAGAAGAAAAACAGGUUUAGAACAACGAGAGGGUGAUUAAAUGAUGACAGAAUGUUCAUUUUGUGGUGAAUUAUCCCUUUAAAGUACCUGGAAUUGCCCACAUGUUUCGGCACACAUUUUUGCUUCAUUAUACCAGCUUAACAUUUGAACAAUGAAAAAUACUCUUGUAAAAAUCAUAUUGCCAAUUUUAGACUUCAAAAAUCUCCUACAGGUUUUUCCUGUGGGGUUCACAGCCAUCUACCAUGCCAGACUGUAUGUGGAAAAUGUCUGCGUUAAAUCUGUUUAUUUCAUCAUCAAAGUCGCGCAAUGGCUCAUGACACAUAAUAGCAGCAAGUUGUCAAGCUAAUCACUUACAGUUAUAAUAACUAUGAUGUUUGCAUUGUGGAAUUGUACAGUAAAUGACAAAUAUCAUAUAAUAUCAUAUAAAAAAAAUGAAAGCAAAUGUAUUGUUCCUCAAAUUUCUCAAGUCUGUGGAAAUAAAUUCACCCUCUACAAACUG